AUGGAGCGUUCUCCUGUCAAGGGCUCCAACUCCAUCUCCGUGGACCAGCCCUCUGCUCCUUCCGAUCCCCCAGACCAGCCCCAAGUGGCUCACACAAAGCUGGACCCCGGUUCUGGGGGCCAACCUGCCGGACCAGGCGCAGCGGGAGAGGCCCUGGCGGUGCUGACUUCGUUCGGGCGGCGGUUGCUGGUGCUGGUGCCGGUCUACCUGGCCGGGGCAAUGGGACUCAGCGUGGGUUUCGUGCUCUUCGGCCUCGCCCUCUACCUAGGAUGGCGCCGGGUUCGCGACGAGAAAGAGCGGAGCCUGCGGGCAGCGCGGCAACUCCUGGACGACGAGGAGAGGCUCACGGCUAAAACACUCUAUAUGAGCCAUCGCGAGUUACCUGCUUGGGUCAGCUUCCCAGAUGUGGAAAAGGCUGAAUGGCUAAACAAGAUUGUGGCCCAGGUCUGGCCAUUUCUGGGCCAGUACAUGGAGAAACUUCUGGCUGAAACAGUGGCCCCAGCUGUUCGGGGAUCUAAUCCCCAUUUGCAAACAUUUACAUUUACACGAGUGGAACUGGGUGAAAAGCCACUGCGCAUCCUUGGAGUCAAGGUUCACCCAGGUCAGAACAAAGAACAGAUCCUACUGGACUUGAAUAUCAGCUAUGUAGGUGAUGUGCAGAUUGAUGUGGAAGUGAAGAAAUAUUUCUGCAAAGCAGGAGUCAAGGGCAUGCAGCUACAUGGUGUCUUGCGAGUAAUCCUUGAGCCACUUAUUGGAGACCUUCCUAUUGUUGGGGCUGUGUCAAUGUUCUUCAUCCGACGCCCGACCCUAGACAUCAACUGGACGGGGAUGACCAACCUGUUGGAUAUCCCAGGUCUCAGUUCACUCUCUGACACCAUGAUCAUGGACUCCAUCGCUGCCUUCCUUGUGUUGCCCAACCGAUUAUUGGUGCCCCUUGUGCCUGACCUCCAAGAUGUAGCUCAGUUGCGUUCUCCUCUGCCCAGGGGCAUUGUUCGUAUCCACCUGCUAGCUGCUCGAGGACUGAGCUCCAAGGACAAAUAUGUGAAGGGUCUGAUUGAGGGCAAGUCAGAUCCCUAUGCACUUGUGCGUGUGGGCACCCAAACAUUCUGCAGCCGUGUCAUUGAUGAAGAACUCAAUCCUCAGUGGAGAGAGACUUAUGAGGUGAUGGUACAUGAGGUUCCAGGGCAGGAGAUAGAGGUGGAGGUGUUUGACAAAGAUCCAGACAAAGAUGACUUUCUAGGCAGAAUGAAGCUGGAUGUAGGGAAGGUGUUACAGGCUGGAGUACUGGAUGAUUGGUUCCCUUUACAAGGGGGACAAGGCCAAAUUCACUUGAAGCUAGAAUGGCUGUCACUUUUGCCAGAUGCAGAAAAACUGGAGCAGGUUCUGCAGUGGAAUCGGGGCGUCUCCUCUCGACCAGAGCCCCCAUCAGCCGCCAUCUUAGUUGUGUAUCUAGAUCGGGCCCAGGAUCUGCCUAUGGUGACGUCUAAAUUCUGUUCUCUGCAGCUGAAGAAGGGGAAUAAGGAACCUAACCCUGUGGUACAACUGUCAGUUCAGGAUGUGACCCAGGAAAGCAAGGCUGUCUAUAGCACCAACUGCCCAGUGUGGGAGGAAGCUUUCCGGUUCUUCCUGCAAGACCCUAGAAGUCAGGAGCUCGAUGUGCAGGUGAAAGAUGACUCCCGGGCCCUGACUUUAGGGGCACUGACGCUGCCUCUGGCUCGCCUGCUGUCUGCCCCUGAACUCAUCUUGGACCAGUGGUUCCAGCUUAGCAGCUCUGGCCCAAACUCCAGGCUCUACAUGAAAAUAGUUAUGAGGAUCCUGUACUUGGAUUCAUCAGAUGUAUGCUUCCCCACUGUGCCGGGGACUCCUGGUGCCUGGGACCCAGACACUGAGAGCCCCCAGAUAGGCAGCAGUGUGGAUGCUCCACCUCGACCCUGUCACACAACUCCAGACAAUCACUUUGGGACUGAGAACGUGCUUCGGAUCCAUGUAUUAGAGGCCCAGGACCUGAUUGCCAAAGAUCGUUUCUUGGGGGGACUGGUGAAGGGCAAGUCAGAUCCCUAUGUCAAACUAAAGUUGGCAGGACGAAGUUUCCGGAGCCGUGUUGUUAGGGAGGAUCUGAAUCCCCGCUGGAAUGAGGUUUUCGAGGUGAUUGUCACAUCAAUUCCAGGCCAAGCGCUAGAUGUUGAGGUUUUUGACAAGGAUCUGGACAAGGAUGACUUUCUGGGCAGGUGUAAAGUGAGUCUCACUGCAGUCCUAAACAGUGGUUUCCUUGAUGAGUGGCUGACCCUGGAGGAGGUCCCAUCUGGUCGCCUGCACUUGCGCCUGGAGCGUCUGACCCCCCAUCCCACGGCUGCAGAGUUGGAGGAGGUGCUGCAGGUGAACAGUCUGAUCCAGACUCAGAAGAGUGCAGAACUGGCAGCGGCCCUGCUGUCUGUCUACCUGGAGCGUGCUGAGGAUCUGCCGCUCCGAAAAGGUACCAAGCCUCCCAGCCCGUAUGCUACUCUCACUGUGGGAGACACUUCUCAUAAAACCAAGACUGUUUCCCAAACUUCAGCCCCUGUCUGGGACGAAAGUGCCUCCUUUCUGAUUAGGAAACCCAACACUGAGAGCCUGGAGUUGCAGGUCCGGGAUGAGGGAGCUGGCACUCUGGGCUCCUUAUCGCUGCCUCUGUCUGAGCUUCUCGAGGCUGAUCAGCUCUGCUUGGAUCGUUGGUUUACACUGAAUAACAGUCAGGGGCAGGUGCUGCUGAGAGCACAGCUAGGGAUCCUGGUGUCCCAGCACUCAGGAGUGGAGGCGCAUAGCCACAGUUACAGCCACAGCUCCUCAUCUUUGAUUGAAGAGCCAGAACUCUCAGGGGGACUCCCUCAGGGCACUUCCUCAGCCCCAGAGCUCCGACAGCGUCUAACACAUGGUGACAGUCCCCUGGAGGCGUCUGCUGGGCCUCUGGGCCAGGUGAAACUGACUGUGUGGUACUACAGUGAGGAACGGAAGCUGAUCAGCAUUGUCCACAGUUGCCGGGCCCUUCGACAAAAUGGGCGGGACCCCCCUGACCCCUAUGUAUCACUGAUACUACUGCCAGACAAGAACCGAGGCACCAAGAGGAAGACCUCACAGAAGAAGAGGACCCUAAAUCCGGAAUUCAAUGAACGGUUUGAGUGGGAACUACCCCUGGAUGAGGCCCUCAGGCGGAAGCUGGAUGUCUCUGUGAAGUCCAGUUCAUCUUUCAUGUCAAGAGAGCGUGAGCUGCUGGGGAAGGUGCAGUUGGACCUAGCUGAGAUAGACCUUUCCCAGGGUGCCGCCCAAUGGUAUGACCUCAUGGAAGACAAGAGCAACUCUUAG